CUCUCCCUGUCAUGGCGGAUAAUUUAAUCCCUCACCACCCCUCCUUCUCUGUUUUAUUAUUGCGGCCUCCUCGCCGCUCCCAUCCCGCCAUGUCCUCUGCCUCUCUCUCAUCUCGAGCCUCCUCUUCCUCAGCCUCCGACGACGCUGUUAGCUGAGAGCUAGCUCGAUCUCCUCGUGAGCCGGUGAGCCCUGGUCUCCGCCAGCCAGCCAGCCAUGCUGGUGCGCUGCGACGUCUGCGGCGCCGAGCCGGCCGCCGUGCUCUGCUGCGCCGACGAGGCCGCGCUCUGCUCCGCCUGUGACACCCGCGUCCACCGCGCCAACAAGCUCGCCGACAAGCACCGCCGCAUCCCGCUCAUCCACCCCUCCGGCGACGACUCCGCCGCUGCCGCGCCGCUCUGCGACGUCUGCAAGGAGCGGAGGGGCCUGGUGUUCUGCGUGGAGGACCGCGCCAUCCUGUGCGCCGACUGCGACGACCCCAUCCACAGCGCCAACGACCUCACCGCCAAGCACAGCCGCUUCCUCCUAGUCGGGGCCAAGCUCUCCGCCGCGCUCGUCGACCAGGCGCCCCCCUCCCCUGACGACUGCCGCGGCAGCGGCUCUGACGAGCUCCACGACGUCGCCGCCGUCUGCGCGCCUCAGGCGCAGGGCUCCUGCACGGCCAAGAGCUUGGCUCUUGAUUGCAGCAACAGCUACGGUGGCGGCGGUGGAGGCAGCAGCAUCUCCGAUUACCUCACCAACAUCUGCCCCGGCUGGCGCGUCGACGACCUCCUCUUCGACGACGCCGCGUUCUCCGCUGCCUCAGAGGACAGGUGCGAUGAGCACGAGCAGGUCCCGUCCCUGGACGCCGACCUCUUCGACGUGAUAGCCGGCCGGCAGGGGAAGCGCGGCGCGUUGUACGGCGGCGCGAUGGGGCUCGAGAAGGUGCCUGCUGCCGCCUCCAUUGCGGUCCCGACGGCGGCCAAGCAGCAGGGCCGCGUGAGGGAGAGGCACUGGAGCUGCGACAGCGACAGCGACGUGUUCGCGGUGCCGGAGAUCUCGCUGCAGCCGCCGGCCAAGAAGGCGCGGCCGCCGGCGCCGACUUUCUGGUGCUUCUGAUAUGAUCGAGCUGCAUCAUUCCGGCCGCCGUGCUAGCUCGAUCGCGUGUGCACUUCGUUACUACUGUGUACCAGUGUGUGUGAGCUUGCUGUUACUGUACUGUUACCUCAUACUACUUACCACUACUAGCAGUGCUCAAUCCCAGUCAAACCCGGUGCAGUUUAUGGCCAUGAGAGAUAUCCAUCGUUACCGUACUGUAAAAACUUGUGAUUGUCAUGUGUGCCACCUAGCUACUUGGUCAUGUCACAAAUGUGUUGAUGAUCCUGAUAGGACAGAAGUUCUGAAUUACCAAUGUUAAGGUGAUUUUAAUAUGAACCUCGUCAACAAUUAUCGUGCUC